AUGAGGGUUAACCUGCUUCUCAUACUAGUUAGCUACAGCGCAGCAGACAGUAUCAUUCAAAGGAUUGAUAAAGCACUGAGCGAUGUGCCCACGACCCUGAACAAAGCUGAACUUCUUGCCAACUACGAGACAAUUCACGCACAUGAACCAGAGAUUGAGCAGCAGCUUCAGCAGUCGCCACAGCAAGUGGAAACCUUGCAUAGACUAGAGGAGGAAGUGAGACCGAUACAACAUAAUGAAUAUGGGCUUGACACUAUUGAUUAUAUCAACAAACAAUCACCCUUAGGAGAUCUCUUGUAUCAAAGUGACAUAAUUCUGAGCACUGAACAAGCGCGAAGGAUUGCUGAGAGCGACACAAUCGGUGAAGCGAUUAGAAGAAAACGACAAGCGAUUAACACCACAACAUAUGAUCAGUUGUGGCCGAAAGGCAAAGUGCCCUACUCAUUUUCCCUCGCAAUAGAUGAGGACCGAGUUGAAGUGGUACAGGGAGAUGGAUGUACUUCAUAUGUGGCAAGACUACCAAACGAAGUACAGCAGAUAUUUCUGGGAGACUCAUGCAGAUAUAUUGGUACCGUUGCCCAUGAGAUCGGCCAUACGCUUGGAUUGUGGCAUACGCAUGCAAGACAUGAUCGAGACGAAUACCUUGUCAUCAACCUAGAAAACAUUCCGAAAGCUGACCACAGUCAGUUCAGAAAGGAAACUACAAGAACAAGUGACAACCAUGGGGUCCCCUUUGACUAUGGAAGCAUAAUGAACUAUGCAGCUAAAGGCUGGAUGAUCCCUGGGCUUGAAAAGCAAAAAGAUAAAUACGCUAUGUAUCCCAAAGACGUUAAUUAUGUUGAUACAUUGGGAUCACAUUUCGUCUCCUUCUACGACAAACUGAUACUAAACAGAAUGUACAAGUGUCUAGGUAACUGCGAGCAGUUAUUACGCUCACCAGAGCAGGAACGACUCAAACGACAAGUGUAUUCAAGAUUCGAGAGCAGUUUUAGUGGUUCGAGAGGAAUCUCCGGCUUACGUGGCUCACAAGGCUCUCGCUUCAUGAAUAGUAUUGGUGGCAAUGGCGGUAGCAAUACUGGCGGCUCGAACGCUGUUCCGCUGCCAGGCAUGGAAGGCGGCUCAAACCCCGGUGGCGGUGGUAUCAUUGAGGGCUCAAACGUUCAUCCUCUUCCAGGCAGCGAAGGUGGCAGCAAUCCUUCAGGCCCAAACUGGUGGAACGACUGGUGGAACCAUCUCCCUGAUUGGUUAACGGGUUUGGGUUGGGACUUACCCGGGACUAUUUCACCACCACCACCACUUUUCCAUCCGGUCCAAGUCCUCUGCCAAAGUGCCUCAAUGGCGGAUACCCAAGCCCUCAAGAUUGCUCAAAAUGUGUUUGCCCAGGUGGAUACGGAGGACGGCUCUGUAAUGAAAGACCAGAAGGACCCGGACAAGUACUGCAAGCUACCACCAGUUUCCAAACUCUUUAUAUUACAGUGGGUUACAAGGAUGUGCAUAACACAGGUGACAAAGACGAUUUUCUAUGGAACUACUACUGGAUACAGGCCCCUCCCGGAAGAAAAAUCGCAGUGCAAGUUAGCAGUUUUCCAGACAGAGUCUCUACUCCAGGGUGCUAUUGGACGGGUAUUGAGAUAA